AUGCGGCUCCUCGUCGUCGUCGCGGCGCUCUGCGCCGGCCGCGCCGGCGGCACGAUCCGGGACACGUCCUUCGACUACGGCAUCGCCGAGACGGCGUCGACGCAGCUCGAGGAGAUGCUGGGCGACUCGUGGACGACGGCGCGGGUCCUGCACAACGGGGUCCAGAACGGCCUCGCCUGGGACGCCGACGCCUUCCGCGACUACCUCGACCUCAACCCGAUGGCGCUGGUCAACGCGACGGCGGGCCCGGCGAACGCGACGAACGGCACGGCCGGCGUCCCGGUCGACGCCUCGGUGCUCGUCGCGCGGGUGCACGGCACGGCGGGCGCGGAGCGCGGCGACGCGCUCCGGAAGCUCCUCCACGCGCUCGCGAAAUUCGCGAGCCGGAGCCAGGCGAUGAUCUUCGUCGGUUUAGGGGACGGGACGCGCGACGCCGGCUCGGACGUGCCGAGCCUCGAGCGCCACCUCAACGACCUCACGGUCGCCGUCGACCGGUCGAGGAGCGACACCUACGACAACCUCACGGUCGCGAACUGCACGGCCCCCGCGGGCGCGCCGUGCCCGGCCUGCUGCCGCCAGGUCUGGCACGCGGACCGCGUCGGCGAGGCGAAGGGGGGCGCGUACGUCGACGCGUUCCCCUACGACUGCCGGCUGAGGCCCUGGUACCAGGGCGCGCUCCGGUCGGGGUGGCCCCUCUGGACGCCGCCCUACGUCUUCGCGACGUCGCAGACCAUCGGCAUGACGGCCGCGAUGACGCUCCGCGACUACUACGGCUCGCCCGUCGGCGCGCUGGGCAUCGACCGGCGCAUCGACGUGUCCUUCGAGGAGAUCUCGCGCUACCUCGCGCUCAACGCGGCCGUCUUCGACGAGCGGAACAUGACGCUCUUCGUCUUCGACCGGCUCCACGGCGACACGCUCAUCGCGUCGAGCAAGGGCAACUUCGUCGAGGCAGGCGAAGGGCUCCGCCGGCCCGACGCCUGCGGCGACGCCGUCGUCGAGCGGGCCCACGCCGGCGCCUACGCCGCGCUGGGCGACGCGACGCUGCCGUGGCACGGCGACCUCACCAUCGUCGACCACUUUUUUGUGUACAGCUCGCGCGUCGUCGACCGGCGCGCCGUCGGCAUCAACUGGACCAUGGUCACGACGUACCGCGUCGGCUGCCUGCCCGGCACCUACGAGAACGUGAGGGUCGGCUGCGACGACUGCCGCCUCGACACGUGGAGCCGGCCCGAGUCCGCGGCCUGCGACAUGUGCGCGCGGACCUUCUACGACGUCCGCGGGCCCGACGCGGACCGGUCCGCGUGGCCCGCGGUCGGCGACUGCCGCCGGUGCCCGCCCGAGGCGGACUGCGCGUCGCCGGACACGCGCCUCGAGGCCCUGCCCCUCCAGCCGGGCUACAUGCGCAUGGCCGCGGACUCGACGGAAUUGUUGCGGUGCCGCGUGCGCGCCGCGUGCCCCGGCGGCUACUUCGGCGUCGGCGUGAGGUCCUGCGAGCGGGGCUUCGGCGGCGCCUACUGCAGCGAGUGCCGCGCGGGCUACUACGCGGCGCCCGACGGGUCCGCGUGCCGCAAGUGCGCCGGGGGGCCGCUGUCGCCGGGCACGGUCGCCCUGAUCGCCUUCUACGUCCUCGUCGCCUUCGUCGUCGUCGGCCUCCUCUUCGGCAACGUGUCCGCCGCGGACGCGGGCGGCCUCGACGACAUGAGCCGGCUCAGCCGGCUGCAGAACAAGCUGAGGGCUAAGUGGAAGCUCUGCUUCGUGUCCGUCCAGAUCGCGACGAUGACGCCGAACCUGCUCCCGAAAUUCCCGGACUACGUCGCGGGCUGGUACGUGGCGCUCGUCGAGGGCCUGGCGGUCUUCAACUUCGCGCCGCGGUUCCCGGGAGGGUCCUGCGCGGGCUUCGGCCGCGUGACGUUCCACGACGCGCUCGUCGCGACGACGGCGGGGCCCUUCGCGCUCAUGGGCUGCGUCGCGCUCUGGGGCUGCCGGGUCGACGGCUGCGUCCGCGGCGGGCGCGCCUGGGGGUCCGCGCUCAAGGCGUGCCUCCUCGUGCUCUACGUCAUCCUCCCGACGAUCUGCUCGACGAUCAUCGACGCGUUCUACUGCACGGACGGUCUGGACGGCGGCGUCCAGUACUACAAGGCCGACCUCCUCCUGCCCUGCCGGGGCGACCGGCACGCGCUCGCGACGAUCUACGCGGCGGAGUGCAUCGCGAUCUACGUCGCCGGCAUCCCCUGCUGCUUCGUGGUGGCGCUCUGGUACCACCGGGGGAUCCUGGACCCGAAGGUCGACGCGGGCGGCGGCGUCCUGCGCAAGGCGCGGCGCCACGAGCCCCACUACGAGCGGCUCGUGCGGCGGGCGGACGCCGCGCGGCGAAGGGAGCCCGCGACGCGGAACUUGCAGAUUUUGUGGGGGCCCUUCGUGCCGCGGUUCUACUGGUUCGAGGUCCUCGAGCUCGCGCGGCGCCUCUUCGCGACGUCCUUCGUGAAGAUUCUGACGUAUCGCCCCGCGCUGCGCCUGCUCCUGAGCCUCCUCUCGGCGCUCGCGUUCCUGAAGGCGCAGAUCAAGGCCGAGCCCUUCGUCGAGGCCGCGGACAACGUCUUGGCGGAGACGCUCCUCUGGAUCAUCAUCCUCAACUACCUGGCCCUGCUCUGCGUCGUCUGCAGCAUCGUGUCCAGCGACGCCGCGCUCUCGGCCGUGCUCACGUGCCUCCUCCUGCUCGUCUUCGGCGUGACGGUCGUGCUCGUCUUCCGCGACGUCGACCGCGAGCGCAAGGCCGUCUCGGAGCUCGUCAGCGACGCGUCGUCCCUCAUGCUGCGCCGCCCGUCGUUCCUCAGCCCCAAGAAGGCCGACGACGCCGCCGCGGCGGAGGACGCGCCGCGGCCGCCGCGCGACGUCGACCUCACGCGCGUCGACUACGAGGCCGAGGAGUCCGGUGAUGGGGACCGUGCCCGUCACACCAUUCUCUAG